AUGAAGUCCCUAUUAUUCACUCUUGCAACGUUUUUGCUCCUGGCCCAGUUGGUCUCAGGUGAUUUUUUUAUAAAAAAGUGUGCAAACAGAUAUGGCAAUUGCAGGAAGAAGUGCAAAACUGGAGAGAUACACAUAAAGCCGCCUACUUCCAUGUGCAGCAAGCAAACAAUGUGCUGUAUUCUGUCUGGGAAAGAGCUUUAUCCUCUCAUCUGCGGUAACUACUCAAACACUGCAACUACAGUAGGAGUUCCAAAAACUAUGACUGCAACUACAGUAGGAGUUCCAAAAACUAUGACUGCAACUACAGUAGGAGUUCCAAAAACUAUGACUGCAACUACAGUAGGAGUUCCAAAACCUAUGACGACCAAGAUGGGGAAGACCUCAAGGCCUGCGACAUGGGUGGCAAUUAACUUGACCAAGAACAUGGCGGCAUCGACCACGGUGAAGAAGAUCAGGGGGGCAGCCAGACCUAACUCUUGA